CCUCAAGAACCGCCAGCAGAGGGUGAUCCACGCACGAGCACGCACAGGAGCACUGCGAGCCAAUUUCUGGGUCCCAGAUCUCCUGCAGCAACAGCAGCUAGUACUACAGAAGCCCAGCUGGGGGAUGAAAGCGCUGGCUCGACUGCGGAGCAACCAAGCUCACGUCAUCAAGAGGUGGGCUCACCACGCACCGAACAGGACGAGGCCAACUUGGUGGCCAGAAACGCCAAUCUGCAAGCGGGAUCGGAUAUGCGUCGCAAAUACGUCUGGGUCUGGAAAGGUAGAACUUGUAAUGCGUGUCUUGCAUUCCUGGAAAACCUAUGUUGCAUGCGCAGCAAAAAAUGCACAAGCUUCCUUGUUAUGCAAAGUUGUAAUUUGUAAUGCGUGGCACUGGCAGAUAGCAUGUCUUCAGAAAGCAUCCCCAAGGCUUGUCAUGCUUGGCCGCCAUUGCAAGCGUUGCAAUCUUCAUGCACAAUACAGCGUCACAGGUUUCCAGACCUAAACAUAUUUGCACUCGAUAUCGGAGCAGGCAGAACAACUACAGGCAGGAGCUCACAUACCAACACCCGGCAACGAAUCCACAACACCAAGCGUUGGAGUACUAAUCACUGGUGAAGGCACGA